AUGUACGCGAAGGAUAACAUGAUUCAAGUGAAACCUCGAUGGCAGAAUACCGCUGAAGAGAAGUAUGAACCGAUUGCGGUGAUAUCACCCGAACCAGACAUGGCGGAACUGUCAGCUUGCUCGUCUCGUUGUUCGUCGCUGGAUCGACUGGAAGCGGAGCGCACCGGUGGUGGUGGUGGUAGCCAACUUGAGACACGCGUCGAACCCUCCUGUACCACAAAGACCGGAACUCAUGGAACACCCAGGAGUGUGAAGCAAAGAGAUCGAAACUCGAGGGAGGAACCAUUAAAGCGUUGCGAAUCCUCGUUAUCUACAAACACACCGAUGGCAACCAUCAGUACCAGUUGUCCAGUGAUAGCACGUAAUGACGUGCACGAGGAUGAGGACGGCGACACACAACCGGUCCUAGGCGUUUUCCGUUCUAUACGAGUCUGUGCUCGUCUAAAUGCCAACGACAUUCAUUCCAACGACCGGACCGUCACGUCCCCGCCGUUGUCUCGUUCCCGCCUCUCGUCAGUUUCUGUCGAUUCGACUGCACUUCUAACCACCCAACCCACACCAUUGCUACUUCAAAGCGAAGAGAAGAAGAAUUACGAUCAGGCUUGUCAUAUCGACACAUCCAUGGCGCACACACUACGAAAGGGUUGGUUAAUGCUUCGAGGCAAAACCGACAAUGAAUGGCAGAAUCACUGGGUGGUAUUGGCCGGGCUCAGUCUGAAACUCUACAAGCACAACCCUUCUCCGACGUAUGCAGAGACAUGUGCUUCGAAUGACACAAUGAGUAUGGCGGAUAGCUCGGAUAUCCUUGGAAUGCCGUUGCGCAAGAAGCACAUCGCUUAUGUGGCACCUGAAUCGCAUCAUUCGAAUUCGUUAAUGGACGGUGGUGACGAUGACGAUUCGUCUUCAUCGACACAAGAUGAGCUGACAGCGAUGCAACGUGGUCGCCAUCGUCGCUCGCGCUCUAGUCGUUGCGAUUCGCGGCGACAGAGAGCGAGUAUGGACAACCUGGCGACAGCAGCGCGGCGCGAACGUGGCAGCCUUUCGCCGUCUGUCCGCCGUUCGCCGAUCGCCGUUGUAAAGGAGAGGAAUCAGGAUGGAAGGCAUCGGUGUGCUUGA